AUGGCUUUCGCUGGCGUGUCCCUCAUCGUCGAUGGUAAGUUGUGCGACUUCACCUCGUCGCCCUUCGACGCUGGCGUGGACAGCGGGUACCACUUGCUCGUGGUCCAGGGAUACUCCCCUACCAAAGACACAACACCAAACGGGGAGUUCAUCUCGUCUCGUCCUUUCCUGAUUGGUGGCCAUCGCUGGAUUGUCAAGUACUACCCAAAUGGUAAGGAUGACGAUGAUGACAAUGAGAAGUGUAUGUCGCUUAUACUAGAGAGUGACGACGAUGUGGGAGGACAUGAAGGUGCCAGCCAGGGCGUCAAGGUUCAGUAUGAGUUAAGUUUCAUUGAUCAACCAGAGUUGCAGGUGCCAACGAUCAUACGUCGGGAUAACAAAUUUGACAUCGAUGAUGGUAUGGGCUACACAAGGUUCAUGUCAAAGCAAAGCCAUUUCAGCAACCUUCUCCUCACAAAGGAGGGUGCCGACAUUACGUUUGAGGUUGGUGGCAAGAAGUUCGCGGCGCACAGGAUUGUGCUUGCAGCCCGAUCUACGGUCUUCAAGGCACAGCUAUUCGGGGCCAUGGAUGAGGGCGCUACUGCGCCAAGUGUCCUCAAGAUAAAUGGCAUCGAAGCAAACGUCUUUAGUACGUUGCUUACCUUCAUCUACACCGAUGCUGUUGCAUGGUUCAUAGAAGAAGAAGAAGAAGAAGAAGAAGAAGAUAGAAUUGUAAAAAUGAUGCUAAAUUUGCUUGAAGCUGCGGUCCGAUAUGAUCUCCAAAAGCUCAAGAUAAUCUGUGAAGAGAUAUUGGCCAGUUGUUCCAUAACCAUGGCCAGUGUGGCAAACAUUAUUGUGGUGGCUGAGCGGAGGGGAUGCCGCUGGUUGAAAGAUGUCUGCAUGGAGUUCAUCAAAUCCCGCACCACCGUGCACAAGGUAUUCACCGCUGGUUGCCUUGACGAGAUCAUCAGGACCACCAGCCCAUCCGACCUGAAGGAGCUCUUCUCCAAGUAUUCUGCUUCCUAA